AUGACAACUGCAUUAAUUUCAAAACCACCUAUUCAUGACGAGCAUUCCCAACACCUACAUUCUGAGCAGCAACAACAACAACAACAACAGCAACAACAGCUGACACAAGAAAAUGGCAACGGAAACAUACGACCGACUUAUCAAUUGAAUGAUAAGUUGAGACAUGGAUUUGAUGAAGAUUAUAAUUCAGAAAAUUUCUUAAAUCUACUAGCAAAUACAUUUUAUAUAUAUUUUGAUGAUAAAAGACAUAGUACUAAUGGGAAUCCAUUAACUCCUGAAAUGAAAACAAGUCCAAAAUAUUAUAAAAAUUAUCAACCUAUUCAUGAUUGGAAAGUAAUGAAAGAAAGACAAAAAACUAUAAGUGCAGUUCUUGUUUUAUGUUUAAAUUUAGGUGUUGAUCCACCAGAUGUUAUGAAAACUUAUCCUUGUGCAAAAUUCGAAGCAUGGUGUGAUCCAAAUACUUUUACAGAUACUAAAAAGGCAAUUGAAAAUAUAGGGAAAAAUUUACAAUCUCAAUAUGAAACUUUAUCAUUACGUACUAGAUAUAAACAAUCCCUUGAUCCAUGUGUUGAAGAUGUUAAAAGAUUUUGUAAUACUCUUAGAAGAAAUGCAAAAGAUGAAAGAAUAUUAUUUCAUUAUAAUGGACAUGGAGUACCACAACCAACUUCAAGUGGUGAAAUUUGGGUUUUUAAUCGAGGAUAUACUCAAUAUAUUCCAAUUUCAUUAUAUGACUUACAAACUUGGCUUGGAGCUCCAGUCAUAUUUGUUUAUGAUUGUAGUUCAGCUGGAAAUAUAGUUCAUAAUUUUAAAAAAUUUGUACAAAAAAGAAUUGAUGAUGAUAAUGAAGGAAAUCAUGAUUCAAGUGCACCUUCUUCAACUUCAGCAUAUUUGGAUUGUAUACAAUUAGCUGCAUGUAAAAGUAAUGAAUUAUUACCAAUGAGUCCCGAUUUACCUGCUGAUUUAUUUACUUGUUGUUUAACAUGUCCUAUAGAUAUUAGUGUUAAAUGGUUUAUAAUGCAAAGUUCAUUAAAAAAAAAUUAUGAAGCAUUACCUAAAAAUCAAAUUGGAAAUAUUAUAAUACCUGGGAAAUUAACAGAUCGAAGAACACCAUUAGGUGAAUUGAAUUGGAUAUUUACAGCUAUAACUGAUACAAUAGCAUGGACUUCAUUAUCAAGACCAAUUUUCAAAAGAUUGUUUCGACAAGAUUUGAUGGUGGCAGCAUUAUUUCGAAAUUUUUUAUUAGCGAAAAGAAUUAUGCCACAUUUAAAUUGUAAUCCAAUAAGUGAUCCUCCCUUACCAGAUGUUGUUAAAUUUCAUCCAAUGUGGGAUUCAUGGGAUUUAGCUAUUGAUCAGGUUUUAUCACAAUUAUUGAAAAGUGAAGAGUCAAUACCAUCUUCUUUAACACAACCAUUAAUUACCAAUGGCUCUUAUGUUUCUAAUGGAUCUAUUCCCAAUGGAACAAACUUGAAUGAACCAACGGCCAAUGGUCCAACGUCUAAUGGACCUGUACAAACAUCUCAAAAUUAUCAACAUUCCACUUUUUUCGAACAACAACUAACAGCAUUUGAAAUUUGGUUAAAAUAUGCAGGUCCAUCAACUAAGGAACCACCGGAACAAUUACCAAUAGUCUUACAAGUUUUAUUAUCACAAGUACAUCGUUUAAGAGCAUUAAUUUUAUUGUCAAAGUUUUUAGAUCUUGGGCCAUGGGGAGUUUAUUUAUCAUUAUCAAUUGGAAUUUUUCCUUAUGUUCUUAAGUUAUUACAAAGUCCAGCACAAGAAUUAAAACCUGUACUUAUUUUUAUUUGGGCAAGAAUUAUGGCAAUAGAUUAUAAGGGAACUCAACAAGAAUUAUGUAAAGAUAAAGGUUAUAAUUAUUUUUAUUUGAUUCUUAAUUCAUCAAAUCAAGCAGCAAAUGGGUCUGGUCCAAUGUUAAUUAAUGAUGAUCAUAAGGCAAUGAGUGCUUUCAUCUUGACAUUAUUUAUAAAAGAUUUCAAGAAUGGUCAAAGAUUAUGUUUUUCAACAGAAAUUGUUGGUAAUUGUUUAAAAUUCAUACAAAAUAGUGAGAAUCCUUUAUUAAGACAAUGGUGUAGUUUAUUACUUUCACAAUUAUGGAAUAAAUAUUCAGAUGGGAAAUGGGUAGCAUAUAAAGAUGGCUAUGUGAAUAAAUUAUUUUCAUUAAUUAAUGAUCCAAUACCUGAAGUAAGAACUUCAAUCAUACUUGCGUUGACUACAUUUUUGUCUGACCCACAAACUCCUACAUCAACAAAUUUAACAUCAGAAGCAAGAAAAGAUGAAUUAAGACAACAAGAUUUAAAACUUGCUAAUAUCAUGUUAGGUUUGUUAGGUGAUGGUUCUCCAAUAGUUCGUAAAGAGUUAGUUUUUUUCAUUAAUAAAUUCAUCAAAGCAUAUCCAAAUUUUUUCUUAGUUGUUGCAUUUAAUCAAUUAGAAGAAGAAAUUGUACUCAUUGAUAAUCCAAAUAAUUUAAAUGAUUUUAGAAAAAAAUCACCAGCUUAUGGAUCAAUAUUCAGUUCCAUUUGGAAAGCAUUACUUAUAUUAUCUGAAGAUCCACAUUGUGAAAUUAAACAAUUAGCUUCAAUAUUGAUUGAUUAUGUAAUGAUAAAUUUAAAUGAAAGUGAAUUAGCUCCAAUGGUUAAAGAAAUGCAAAAUUAUUUAUUAAGUAAAUCUACUAUUAAUAUUGCUGAAAGUUUUGGUAGUAAACCAAUUGAAAAAAGACAAGCUUCAAGUGCAUCCGUAAUAAAUAGAAAAAAUAAUCUUUUAAUUGAUGGUUCAUCAUUAACUACAAGAGCUGUUUCACAAAAUGGAGCAGUUGAUAAAUCCGAUACAGAAUCAAUAACUUCCAAAAUUAAAAAUUUAUCAAUUUCAAAAUUACUCAAAAGUUUUCAAAUUAAUGAAGAAACUGAUAUUAAAAAUUUCACAAGAAUAUUAAAUUCUGGUCCAAUACAAACAAGUUAUGGAUCAGAAUAUAAACCAAAAUCUGCAUUUUAUAAAAUUCGUAAUUUUAAUGAUUCAUUGCCUUCAGAUUCUGGAUUUUUUGAUUAUAGUUGUGAAUAUUUUCAAGAACCUCAAAUGUCUAAAAAUGAAAUAGAUGAACCUGGAUCAAAAGAAUAUAUAAAAAGAUUAUGGAGAAGAAAUAGAAAUGAAGCAAUAAUUCAAGAAACUCAACCACAAAAGGAAAUGGCAUUAAGAGGAGAUUGGAAUAAAGAUAUUAAAAUUUUAAAUAAUAUAUCUCAACCUAAAUGUAUAAAAUUUACUCAAUUUGAAAAAAUUUUGGUUGCAAGUGAUGAAAAAGAUAAUAUUACUGUAUGGGAUUGGGAAGAAUCAAAAAUUGUUAAAAAAUUUUCAAAUGGGAAUCCAUUUGGUACAAAAAUUACAGAUAUUAAAUUUUUAAAUGAAGAUGAUUUACCAUUAUUGAUGACUGGUUCAUCUGAUGGAGUUAUUAAAAUAUAUAAAAAUUUUCAAAAUGAAGAUAUUGAAGAUGAUGAAGAUAAAUAUGAAGGUAAUAGAAUUAAUCAAAAACAUGAAUAUUAUGAAGAAAAUGAUAAUGAUGUUAGAAAUAAUAAAAUUGAAUUAGUUACUGGUUGGAGAGCAUUAACUGAUUUAUUAUUAACUUUUAAAUCCUCAGGUUUAGUAUCUGAAUGGCAACAAUCAAGAGGUUCAUUAUUGGUUAGUGGUGAUGUUAAAGUAAUAAGAAUAUGGGAUGCUCCAAGAGAAUUAUGUCUUUCUGAUGUUCCUGCAAGAUCAUCUUCAUCAAUUAAUUCAUUAACAUCUGAUCAAGUUGCAGGUAAUAUCUUUAUUGCAGGUUUUGAUGAUGGUAGUAUUAGAGUUUAUGAUAGAAGAUUAGACGCUAGAGAAUCAAUGGUAAAACUUUGGAAACAAACAAGAAAUAAUACUGGAAAUAAUGGGAAAAAUAAUAAUAUUGGUUUGGGAUCAAUUAAAAAUGUUCAUAUGCAAAGAGGUGGAUUUAGAGAAUUAAUAAGUGGUUCAUCAGAUGGUUAUGUUAAUUUAUGGGAUAUAAGAUUAAAUGAUCCACUUUUAACUUUUCAAACUAAUCAAAUAAGAAGUAUGGAUUCUCAUGAACAUGCACCAAUUUUAACAACUGGUUCAAAGUCAGUAAAUAUAUGGUCAACUUCAGGAGAUGAUUUAACAAGUUUAAAAAAUCCAUUAAGUGAAAAAUAUUUAAAUCGUGGUAUUAAUUAUAUAUCAAAUACAACUUUUCAUCCUCAUAGAAUGAUGCUUGCUACUAAUUAUACUCAAGAUUCAAAUAUUAAUAUUUAUACAUGUAAAGAUGUAGUUUUAGAAUAUUAA